CCACCUUCUAGUCGGAGCAGAGCUCUGAAGUCGUUUUCUUACUGGAGCCACACAAACACAUCACACAUUGUCCAAACAUCUCUUUCAUCCCAAUUGCAGAGCCCCGUAAACAAUUCGACUCCUCCCUCUCCUAACCCUUCUCCAUCUCGUUUUCUAGCUAAUUGAACCUCUACCUCUCUCCACUAUCUUUGCCAUUUCUCACCUUCCAAGUCCCGUAACUCUCGAUCUCUCCUCCGAUCCCGAAGUUCGACCUUGCCACCCCUCACGUCUUUGCCUUCCAACCACGAACCCUCGACUCCAUUUUGUCAUCAGGCUUGCCCUAUUCUGCUUGCUUGCUUCGACUCGAUUCAACCCAACUCCAACCCCAUCACUUCAAUCCCGACCGAACACGAUCGUCGUCUUGAGCUUGAAUUCGUAAUAUCAGGCUCUGUUUCUUGGACGUUUUCACACCCUCGUUCGACCCGUUUCCGCGACACAGAGAGCUCGCCGGUUGCGCACCCAACCUAAUUUUCGCUCCGCAUCACACUCGUCAUAUCAAACUUCACAUCACAACACACAGCCAUCAUGGCCUCCAACGGUAACUUUGCCCAACAGGAUCAGUACAAGGAACCUGCCGACCAACAACAAACAGCUCCUACUACUUCUGCUGCCGAUGGCUCUGCCACUGCUGCCGCUUCUGCCACCAACAACCCAUCCAAGGAUGAGGUUGGCUGGUAUUUCGUGGAACAAUUCUACACCACCCUGAGCAAGUCGCCUGAGAAGCUUCACCUUUUCUACGGCAAGCGCUCACAAUUCGUCUAUGGUCGCGAAGCUGAGGUUGCCAAGGUCUCUGUUGGCCGACAGGACAUUCAAGAACGCAUCAAGAACCUAGACUUCCACGACUGCAAGGUCAGGAUAUCCAAUGUUGACUCCCAGGCUUCCUUUGAGAACAUCGUCAUCCAAGUGAUUGGCGAGACUUGCAACAACAACAAAGCGCCCAAGAAGUUCGUCCAGACCUUUGUCCUUGCCCAGCAACCCUCCGGCUACUUUGUCCUCAAUGAUAUCCUGCGAUAUAUCGAUGACGAGAGCGAUGACGAGUCUGCUGCUGCCUCUGAAGAGGCUGCCGAGGAGCCUGCUGCUCCCGCUACGGAGGAACCUGCUGCCGCUGUCGAGCCCGAGGCUCCCCAGUCUGUCGAGGAAACUAAGGAGGAGGCCCCUGCCCUCGAUCCCGAAGUUGUUGAUCAGAAGCUUGAGGAGGUUUCCACUUCUAAGGACAGUGUGACUCUCAACGGCAGCACCCCCGAGGAGGUUGAUGAGGCUAAGGCCCCCGAGACCAAGCCUGAGGUUCCCGCCGAGACCGCUGAUGAGGCUGCUAAGGAGCUUGCCGAGGAAGACGUCAAGGAGCCCGAGAAGCCUAAGGAUCCUAGCCCUACACCCGUUUCCAAGCCUGUCGCUGCUCCUCCUACAGCUCCCGAGAAGCCUGCUGCUCCUCCUAAGCCCAUGACAUGGGCCAGCCGAGCUGCCGCUGCCCUUCCCAAGCCGGUUGUUCCUCUCCCCAAGACUACUACUCCUCCCGUGAACCAGAGCCGUGCUCCCGCUCCUGCCGCUGCCACUACUUCUCAGCCCGCUGCUGCUCCUGCUGCCACCUCUGCCGCGCCCGCCACUGAGUCCGCUGGUAAGGAUGCGGCUGGAUGGCAGACUGCAGGCAGUGACUCUAAGCGACAGAACCGACCUCAGUCUGUUUCCGGACCUCCUGCCGAUAAGGAAAGCACCACCGCAUACGUUAAGUUCGUGACGGAUAAGGUCCAGGAUGCAGACCUCAGGAACGCUUUGACUGCUUUUGGCGAGUUGAAGAGCCUUGAUAUCAUCCGCCAGAAGGUAAGUUCAGAUCCUCUACUAUAACACUAUCGUUGAAGCUAACAUGGUAUAGAACUGUGCGUUCGUUGAGUUCAAGACCCCUGAAGCCUCCAAGGCUGCGGUUGCUGCCAACCCUCACACCAUUAACGGCGAGACUAUCGUGAUCGAGUCCCGUCGCAACAAGCCCGGUGCCCAUAACGCUGGUGGCCGAGGCCCCGUUUCAGGACGUGGCCGUGGUGGUGCUGAGGGCGGACGAUCUGGCGGCCAGGGCCCCCGAGGCAACUUCUCUGGUCAAAACCGUGGCCGUGGUGGCGCUCCCCGCGGCCGUGGUGGUGCCCAGUCCCAUAAUGCUUAAGCAAUAGCGACUGAUAUAUAUAAAGUGGCCAGGAUCAGACUUUCACAUCAGUGUCAGUCUUGAUUUUGCUAUCUAGGUCCUGGAACGACCGGGAUCCCAAAUCGAAGUAAUCACAACUAAUCUACGUGAUAUACAUAACCAUUCCAACAUCAACACGAGGGGACGACAACAGAAAACAAGCUCAGCAGAUGGUCAGGGGGAGCGGUAAGGGAGCGGAGUUUGGUAUUCCCUUUUGGAGGAAGGAUGGAGUUGGGAAUUUGGAGUCAUAUUUGUUCGUUUUUCAGUUUCGGUGGUUUGCGCGCUGCAUCUGCAUCUGAUCCUCUCAGCCGGCGAUUGGGUUACGGAUUUCAGCGAAAACGGGGGAAAGGUCCUAGGCUGGGAGCUUUGGUUUGGCAUCAUUACUUUCUAAUGACCGUGUAUAUUCUUACAAAAGCGAACGGACGGGCGAUAGAGGUGGCAGUACCCGAAGGGCUGAAGGACGUUGACGGGUAUACAUACUAACGAAGCAGUGACAGUUGACGAUGGUGGACGAGAGUCCAGGCCUGCGAUGAAUGACUGGGCCUGGAGGGACCAUGUUCUGUACUUUUUACUGUGCAAGUAGUAAUGAUCAGUACCUUUUUGGUUUCCAAUGUUUGAGUCGAGCUACCAGAUCAGCAAGUGAAUGCAAAAUUUUCAUAUGAUGUCAAUGUUUUCAUGUCAUGUCAUGUGAGGCAGGUAACGUAGCAUGUUGAAGAUCCAGGAUGGAGGGGCAUGACGGUCAUAAUAUCCAGUAUCGGUCUAGAAGGUCCCGUAGAAGGAAUGUUGCUGUUGCUCGUUUUCUUUAUGCGAUGAUAUCCGAAGUUAAGCUUGCAGAGCCUCGUGGAUCAAACAGGUCGAACUGUUCGUCGCAUGAGAAAUUGUUAUUAUUGAUGGACGUUGGUCAAGGUUCUUUUGUAACAGGAAAAAGCAUUGACAAAAGGCCAAGCCAGUUACUGGGGGACUUUUGAAUGAGAGAGGAUACCCACGCGUAAUAGUUACUAUGCAAAGAGAACUUGAUUUUGAAUCUAUCGACGGUCAAAGUUGCACGUGUUCGUG